AACUCAGGUGUAGACGAGUGCAUACGUUUCGUACAAGUCGUCUUUGCUUUCAAGAUCCCUUAGUUGCAUAAAGUGCAUUUAUUUUCAAGCUAACUGUCAGUACAUAGGAGACCGCUAUAGUCGCAUUCUACUUUUCUGGAAUGUUUGGAAUGAACAAUUGGCAAACAUGAAGGUCUUCAUGGAGAUCAGCUACUCGGAAGGACAAUUCGCUUUAUUUAUGUUAUACUUUACGCUGAAGCGCCAGGAAGCCUGUUCUGUUGGAAUGCCCUUAAACUUCUGCCCUGAGUGUGGCUUCAAGCUGCUAACAAACUUCAAGUUCUGCCCGUCUUGCGGACAGAAGCUGCCCUUCCUUCUGGACACAGCACAGGUCGACUCAUCCACCAGCUCACCAGCCGCUCCACAGACCAGUGUGACUGACGGCUCUGUCGCAGCGCAACUGCAGAGCUCCCCCUGGCCCACCCAAGCAGAGCUGAUACAGCACACUGGUGAUGGUCCCGCCAGCUCUGUUUCUGGUCUGCCGCGCUCCCCUCUGCGCCGGACCCAGAAGUUAGUCAAAGUCACGGAGUCCGCCAGCCCCUUGCUGGCGUCGGCCACACCCCUGCUCGCCGCGUCCCCAAAAUCUGCAGCUGCCGGUAAGAGCCCAAAAGCCUUGUCGUCACCUUGGAAACGGCAGGCCCAUGCAAAUGUCAGCCAAGAAGAACAGGCCAACGCAGGGGUUUUGACCUCGUCAUCACCCAAAUCACCCAAAUCCCCCAAAUCACCCGCUGUAGCAAAGAACAAGUCCAAAAGAAUGAAGCGUGCAUCUCCCCCAAAGCCACUGGAGGAGGGCGAGCAGGUGACGGACACAGCUGGCGUGCAGUGGAAACUGGUCAAACUGCUGAGUCAGAGCGAUACAGAGAUCUUCUAUGGGGUUCAGCAGGUCACAACAAGAGCCUGUUCUGCAGACUACGAACACAUACUCAAACUGGCUUCGAAAGAUGGGAAAAUCUUCAAUGAGCAGAACUUCUUGCAGAGGGCAGCCAAACCCACGUCAGUGAAGAAGUGGAAGAAGGACAAACAGAUGGAUUUUCUGGGCCUUCCUUCCUGUGAUGGCUUUGGGCUCCAUGCAGAUUCAUACAGGUUUCUGAUCUUACCUAACAUGGGCCAAACUCUGCAGUCCUUUAUGCUUGAAGGGGAAGUGCUGUCUGAGAAAGCUGUUCUGCAGCUCUCUUGCCGAAUACUGGACGUGCUGGAGUACAUCCACGAGAACGAGUACGUCCACGCUGACAUCCACGCUGAGAACAUCUACAUCGACUUCACAAAGCCCUCACAGGUGUACCUGGCGGGAUACUGCCACGCUUUCCGCUACUGCCCCAGCGGGAAGCACGUGGAGUACCGGGAGGGGAGCCGCACGCCACACGAGGGCGCCGUCGAGUUCAUCAGCGUGGACUCUCACAAAGGGGCAGGCCCAUCCAGACGCAGUGACCUGCAGGCCUUGGGGUACUGCAUGCUGAGCUGGCUAGCAGGUGCUCUGCCCUGGACCUCGCUCACAGACUGCCCUGCCAAGGUCAUGGCUGAGAAGGAAAGAUACAUGACUGAUGUUCAAGGACUCAGGACCCAGUGUUUUGGGAGGAAAAAGAUGGCAGGUGCGGUGCAGGUUUACCUGUCCCAGGUGAUGAGCCUGCAGUACACAGAGAAGCCCGAUUACCAGCAGCUGCACAGCGGACUGCUUGGGGCCCUGCACAAAUUGGGGGCGUCUCUGGAUCAGCCCAUUGACCUGCAGGUGUAGCCUGGAAGAGGAAGGAAAGUUCUCAUCGGGGGAUGUUUUAUGCUGAGUUUGUGUGUUUUUAAACCACGGGACUAGAAUGUGACUGCUAAUUUUGACAUGCUUUGAUUUGUUUUUGUUUAAUAUAGUCAUUUUCCGUUAAUUUAAUCAAUGUUAUUGCACUGGGUUGGUGUUUUUUUUGGUCUGGUUUGCUGGUUUGGUUUUUAAAAUACUGGUUGAAGUAUUAGGAGGGUGGGUUUCACCCCCACCCUGUUUUGAGAUGGGAUUCAGAACACAUGUUCUAAAGUUUGUAUCACUGAAAUAUCACAUAUACUGGAAUUUGUUUGUGUUGGGUAUGCUAGAUGUGAGCCACAUCCAUGGAACAUUCUCCGUUUUAGAGGUCAUUGGGAUUUUGUGUUUUAUGCUUGAAGAAUAGUUUUUAAUAUUUGCAUUUGUGGGCAGAUUAAUCCAUUCAUUGGGAAUAAAAAAUGUUUUAGUAAAA